CUAUAAUCAAUAUAAUCUAUAUACUAAUGAUAAUAGUCACGUUGUGUUGUACUGUAAUCGCAAUUCUCAAAUUUAGUACUAAUUAAACCAACAAUUAUAUGUAGUAUUUGGUCUUAUUUGUUCAAAUUAAAUCAAUUUAUUUAUAAUUAAACUUAAAAUGUCUUCUAUGACAGUGCUUAAGUUAUUCAGAAAUCAACUUACCAGAAAUUGUUGGCGUUAUAGGAAUACAGGACAAACAUUAUACAAACCAAGACCAAGUAAUAUGGCAUUUCCUUCAAGUUACUAAUGACAUAAAUUAAAUAACUGUAUAAAUAACCUACCUACCUAUCUAAAUUUUAAUUGAAAUAACCCAUAGCUCUUUGAUACAGUAGCAUAAAGCCUGGUCUACAUGGUAUAAUGUUUAACCAUGUGAACAGGGAUAAUCAGUACGUAGACUAUUCAUAUUAAACAGAUUGUAUUUAUAAAUUAAAUACAAUAUUAAUAUCACAGAAUUAAACCAUAUUAUAUAUGUAUAAUAGAAAUAUAUCACAAAUUGAAAAUUAUUUUGGAAAUCAAAUUUAUAUGUAUUUAUCUCUAAGAUGAUAGUAUUUAAACUUGUUUAUCUUCUAUUUAAUGUUUAAUUUUAUGAUUUUUAAAUGUCUGGAUGUCAAAUGUUUAAAUUGGUAUCAGGUAAUUUUAAAAUGUAACGCUGUUUUAGGUGUUUUAGGUAUCCCUGUAAGAAGCCUCACUACAAAUCCCAAUGUGGAUGAUAAAUUAAGUGACAAAACUACAAGUUCUGGUAAGAUAUACCUAUACAUAUAUAUUUUAUUUUUAACUCAAUGGCUUAACAAUAUAAUAAUGUUAAUUUUUUAGAAAAGUUAGAAUUUCAAGCAGAAACACGAAUGUUAUUAGAUAUUGUGGGCAAAUCUUUAUAUUCUGAAAAAGAAGUAAGAAGUAGUUCACAUAUCAUUAUAGAAUUAUAUAUUUGUAUUUUGUAUUUGUUUAAUAAUAUUUUACAAUUUUUAGGUUUUUAUCAGAGAAUUAAUUUCCAAUGCCAGUGAUGCAUUGGAAAAACUACGUUAUGUAAGUUUAAAAGCGGGUGAAUCACAUGAUCUUGGAAGUUUAGAAAUAAACAUUUCCACAGAUAAAACAAAUCGAAAACUGACUAUUCAAGACACAGGAAUUGGAAUGAGUAGAGAGGAACUAAUCUCUAAUUUGGGUACUAUUGCUAAAUCUGGUUCAAAAGUAAUUAUUUUUUAUAAAAUUAACAACAAAUAUGAGAAUAAUUAAUUUAUACUGAAUUUAACAUGGUUCGCUUAGGCCUUCUUGCAACAAAAUGAAGGGAAUGAUACAUCAAAUUUAUCAUCAAUUAUUGGCCAAUUUGGUGUCGGCUUUUAUAGCUGUUUUAUGGUGGCAGAUAGAGUUGAAGUUUUCACAAAAUCAAUGAAUCCUGAUACCGUUGGAUACAUAUGGAAAUCUGAUGGGUAUUUUCAUUUUUUUAAUUUUCAAUUAAACAUAAUAGUAUACUUAUAGAUGCUAUUUUUAGAACAAAUGUUUAUGAAAUAUCAGAAUCUGAUAAUGUUGAGAGAGGUACAAAAAUUGUCAUGUAUUUGAAACCCGAUUGUCGUGAAUAUGCAUCUGAAGACACUGUUCGCAAAGUUAUUAACAAAUACAGUAAUUUCGUGAAUUCGCCAAUUAAAUUAAAUGGUUCUGAAAUAAAUACUAUACAAGUAAAAAAAUGUUUAAUUUCUUUCUUUCUGUGUUUGAUAAUUUAACGUUUUUAGCCAUUAUGGUUACUCAACCCAAAAUCUGUUUCCAAAGAACAACACGAUGAAUUCUACAAAUUUGUAGCAAAUACUUAUGAUCGACCGAGGUUUGUGUUACAUUAUUCUGCUGAAGCUCCAAUUCAAGUGCGAGCAUUACUAUACUUCCCGGAACUAGCCCCAGGUUUAUAUAACUAUAAUAAAACUAAGAAAAAAUUAUUUUAUUGUUAAUUUUAAUUAUUACAGGUCAAACUGAAUUUUAUGAUAGUUCAACCAAAGGUGUAUCACUCUAUACUAGACGGAUUUUGGUUAAAAAAGAAGCUGAACAUGUAUUACCCAAAUGGCUUCGUUUUGUAAAAGGUAAUAUUUUGAAUCUUUAUUCUGAUAGGGAUUUUUUUCUUAUUUGUUAAUUUGUUAUUUAUGUAAGAACAUAAAUAAUAAAUAUAUUUUAUAUGAUAAUUUGUAUUAAAUUUAAUUCUCCUAAUGUGUAAUAAUAAUAGUAUAGUAAUUUCAUCCUGUCACUUGUAUACCUCCAAUGUUCAAAGUAGCCCUUAUAACUAAAUAACUAAUAACUAAAAUAUUUAUAUAGUUAAUGCUAAUAAUAUGUUAUAAUUUUAGGUGUCAUCGAUUCAGAAGAUAUUCCGUUGAAUCUGAGUAGAGAAAUGUUGCAAAAUUCUUCGUUAUUAAGGUAUAUAUCAAUAAAAUAUUACAUCAGUAUCUAUUUGACCGUGAUAUAAAAUAAUACAUUUUAUUCCUAGAAAGUUAAACCAAUUGUUAACCAGUAGAGUUGUUAAAUUUUUACAUGAAAAAUCUUUAAAAGAUCUUGAUGAAUACAUGAAAUUUUAUCAGGAAUAUGGCAUGUUUAUUAAAGAAGGAGUUGUAACUAAUGAGGAUCCCACAGAACGGGUUUGUAUUUUAUUAUUUUAAUCAUUAUCAAAUUAAUUCUCACAUCUAAUGUGAUUUUAUCUAAAUUCCAAAAAUAUUGUAAAAUGUUGAUCAUUAAUGUAGUACAUAUUGAGUGUUGUGUUUAUCUGUAUUUAUUAUUAACACCAAACAGCGCUUAGAAUAUUUUUUAAAUUAAUAUACUUUCCUAAAUUUGUAAUUUGUAAGUGAAUUGUACUUAUUUUAAUAUUGAAUUUUAUCAGAUAUUUAUAUUUUACAUUUAAAUAAUAAAUUAAUAUAGUACAUUAUUAGAUACAUUUAGAUAAAUGUGAGGUAAUGGGUUCAUAGGCGAUCUACAAUUUGAUAACUGGUCUCAUAAAUGGUCUACCGAUAGUAAACAAGAGUAUGUACAAAUAGUUUUAUAUCUAUUGAAUACAAUUUAUUGAAUAUUUAUGAAAAAGCAUGUUACAUAAAAUAUUAUUGAGAAACGAACUAUAUUACAUUAAAAAGAAACAACAAAAAACAUAUAUUAUUAAAGAAUACCUAUAUUAUAAAAUAUUUUUAUCAUUAGAUAUUAAUAUAUUAGUUACUCAAUAUAAUAGUGACAAGUUGCCUACAAAACAAUAAGUAGGUAUUAUAUCCUUAAUCAAGGAACAACUGGCGGCUGAAUUAAAAUAUAAUUUUAUUGUAAAACCGUUAAAUUGUGAUAUUUAAAUAAUAAUAUAUAUCUAUUUUAAUUUAAUCUCUCCACAAUAGAAUAAUAUAAUUGUUUUUAUUAGUAUGUAAGACCUUCAUACCUAGUUAGCACAAACAAUUUUAGAUGUCAAAAUAUUGGUAUUUGGUACUGUUUAUUUAUUUGUUUUUUUCAGAACACUUUUUUAAAUUGUAUUAUUUUGCAGGAAGAAAUUGCUUGUCUUUUACGGUAUGAAUCAUCGCACACUAAACCUGGUGAAACAACAUCCUUUGAAGAAUAUAUCAAAAGGAGACAAGAUGGUCAAAAUGAUAUAUAUUACCUAUCUGCUCCUAAGUAAUGUUAAUUUAGUAUAGUAUAAUAAAUAUAGUUUAUAUUUAAAAAUUUUAAAAUUGUUUAGCCGUGCGUUGGCUGAAAGUUCUCCAUACAUAGAAGCAUUAAAAAAGAAAAACUUUGAAGUUAUCUAUUGUUAUGAACAACACGAUGAAAUCAUUCUAUACCAACUAAAAACAUUUAAAACCGUCAAACUCACUUUAGUAGAAAAAGAAAUCAAUACUGCUAACAGUCAAGAAUCUCAGACUGUUGAUUAUGGUUUGUUUUUUGUUCUUAUAUAUUUUUCAAAGAGAAUACACUCACAUUUUCACAUGACUUGAUCAUAGAGUUACAAUGUUGAAGUAUAGAAUGUCUUUAAUGCUUUAUUGUACACGAGACAAACAAUGAAAAUAAUAUUGUUGGUGUAAAAGUCCCUCAAUAUAAACAGCAAAUGUAAUUGUAGAUGUAAUUUCUUUGAAAACCUGGACAUUCAUAACCUGAAUAUUAUGUAAUCAAGUUUCUAAUCAGUUAAUUUUUUGGUAUAGGCAUUGAUGGUUUGAGUCAAUUACAGUUGGAUUCGUUACUUCCGUGGAUCGAAUCAGCUCUAGGGAAUAAAGUGAAGAAAGUAAAAGCUACCGGACAAUUGGAAAGCCAUCCGUGUGUAAUCACUGUUGACGAUAUGACUGCCGCUAGACAUUUUAUUAAAACUCAACUAAAACAAAUGGAUGAAGAAUUGUUAUUUUCAGUUUUACAACCUCGACUUGAACUCAAUCCAAAGUAUUUAUUUUAAAAUGUACUAAUUAUAACUUUAAAUUAAAAUAAUUGUUUGUUUUUAGGCAUGCAAUUAUAAAAAAACUGCACACGUUAAAAGAUUCAAACCCUGAAUUAGCCAAAUUAAUUGUUGAACAGGUAAUGUUAUUAUAAUACACAAUUUAUCAAAUAUUAUGAAUUGCAAAAUUUUUUAAAAUAUUUUAUAAAAUAAUUCUAAAAUUCAUUUAAUGUAAACAUAUUUUAAAAACAUUAAAAAAAAAAAAAACUGUAUUAUAUAAUCUUGUUUCAUUAAAAUGUACUUUUUGUUUAUUUAGUUAUACAGUAACUCAAUGGUUACAGCCGGUUUAAUCAACGAUUCAAGAAAAUUGGUAUCAAAUAUGAAUCGCCUUCUAGAAUUAGUUGUUGAAAAAUAUUGAAAAUGUGAUUUUAAAUCUUAGGCUUUAAUUAUUUUGUAAAUAUUUACCUACCUGUUUAAUUAUUUAGAGUUUUGUAAAAAAAAA